AUGACAUUCCGACGGCGAGUUCAUUUUCAGUCAGCAAAGCAGAACCAUGAGGCGCCUAGGAUAACAGCAGUGGUCUUCGGACCCCCACUUCGCCGCAUCCAACCCAUACGAAUGGCUAUUGGACAAGAGACGCCACCGCCGCUUUCGCAAUACUCAUGCGCCCAAGCCACCUAG